AUGCAAAGAGGGACGCAGGAAACUGAAGACCAGACACCAGGGCUGCUCGGUAAGAAGCAAAGACGCUUACUUAAUGAAGUAACGAAGCAAAAAGACUUUGUCAAUCCAUUCUUACGACGCUGCAGAGGGCAGCGGGGGAGGGGCGAGAAUGGGGAAGAAGUCGGGGAAAGGGUCUAUCUCCGAGCCUUGCGAGCGGUGCCCGGCUCUCCGCGGGGCGUUCAGCCCCGGACCGAGGCCGGCGAGCCUGCAGAGCUUAGCGAAGUCAGGCAGCCGCCGAGCGUCAGAGCGACGCUGCGCGACUCCGCGGCCUCCAGGAGACUGGGCGGUGCCCGCAAGGCCCGAUCCGCCCAGCGGCUCGGAGCCGAGGAGCGCAGCAAGGUGCGGGUUCAUGCUUGGAGCAAGCGGCAGUAUUCGUCACUCAGGGCAACACCGCAGGAGGUUGCAAAAAUGGAAGCUCUAGUCCCUAUGAGGAUGGAGUUUAUAGUGGAGUUAGGAUGUGUGUGUCCCCGGAAGCAAAUUCUUAGGAGAAGGUUGUUGAGAUGUCCCAGAACUGGCUGGCAUAUAUGGAAAUCCUGCUGGACUGACAAGGUAUAA